AUGAUAGUUCGAUCAAUAAGACUUCAGGGAUUUCGGAUCCUCUCGUUGCAACAACGUUCUCUACACAGUAGUUUUAUUUUGAGUAAUACUGAUGUGUCUCUUAAUGCUAUUCCUAUUAGUAGGACUAGAAAUAUAGGAAUCAUUGCUCAUAUAGAUGCAGGCAAGACAACAACAACGGAAAGGAUGUUAUUUUAUAGUGGUAAGACUAACCGUAUUGGUAAUGUAGAUGAAGGUGAUACUGUUACAGACUAUUUGCCUCAGGAAAGAGACCGUGGAAUCACCAUUCAGCUGGCUGCAAUUUCUAUUCCUUGGAAUAAGCAUAAGAUUAAUAUUAUAGAUACACCUGGCCACGCAGAUUUUACAUUUGAAGUCAUCAGAUCCCUUAGAGUUCUAGAUGGAUGUGUUACUAUUUUGGAUGCUGUAGCUGGGGUUGAAGCCCAGACUGAAAAAGUAUGGAAACAAGCUCAUGAAUUAGGAAUCCCCAAGAUCUGCUUUGUGAAUAAGAUGGAUAGAGAGGGUGCUGGAUUCAGUAGAACCGUAAAAGAGAUUGUAUCAAAGUUACAGACCAGAGUCGUUCUAUGCAAUAUUCCUUACUUUGAGGACGAGAUCAUAAAUGGUUCACAUAAUGCUAAGUUUGUUGGAGUCUUGGAUGUAUUGCAUAAGAAAAUAUUGAAAUGGAACUCAGAUCAAGAUGAAACAGGAAGAGAUAUGGUUGUUUCUGAUAUCGAAGAAAAUUCUCAAAUAUAUGAGAUGGUCUAUAAGAGUAGGGAAUCCAUGAUUGAAACUCUCGGCGAAUUUGAUGAAUCUUUAAUUGACUCCUUCUUUGAGAAUAAUGAAGAUUAUAUGAAGGUUCCCGCUGAAGUCAUCCACAAAGCAAUUCAAAAGGCAUGUAUCUCUAACUUUGCUGUCCCGGUAUUCUGUGGUGCUUCAUUCAGAAAUAUUGGAGUUCAGCCAUUGAUGGAUAGUAUUGUGAAGUACUUGCCCUCACCAUUGGAAAUUAAGAUCCCAGAAGUUUCCUCUGAAAAGGUGAAACUUGGAGGCAAAAGAAAAAAGAAUAAGAAUGCAGCAGCUCGAUCGGACACUUCCUUAUCGCCCAUUACUGAGAUUGUACCUGUAUCAAUGGAUUCCAAAAAGGGGCUUGUGGUUAAUGGUAAACCAAAUUUAACGACUGCACUUGCAUUUAAAGUUAUUACUCACCCAAUUCGUGGUGUGAUGACAUUUAUUAGAGUUUAUAGUGGUAAGCUUCAAUCCAACACGAAUAUUUUGAAUACUAGAAGUGGUGAAAUCUAUAGACUUGGGAAAUUAUUGCUAAUGCAUGGUGAUCAACCAGAAACUGUCUCUCUGCUCAGUUCUGGGAACAUCGGAGUGAUCACCGGAAUGGUAGAUGAGAUUGUUACUGGUGAUACAAUAGUCUCUGCUGGGAACACAAGUAAGAACUUUACACCUAUUGAGUCAAAUCUAAAGAUGCUUCCUAUUGAAAUACCGCCUCCUGUUUUCAGUGCGUCUAUUGAGCCUAAUACUGUGGGAGAUAAGAGGCACUUGGAAGAAUGCAUUCAAGUGUUGCUUAGAGAAGAUCCAUCAUUACAUAUGUCAGUUGAUGAAGAGACUGGUCAAACAGUAUUGAGUGGUAUGGGCGAAUUACAUCUUGAGAUCGUAGGAGACAGACUUAUUAGAGAUCUUAAGGCUAAGGCUCAAAUGGGUAAAGUGGUGGUAACGUACAAGGAAAGCUUGACCUCACCAACAGAGUUAGUUACGAUCAGUGAUGAAGAUUCUGGUGUAUGUAUUACUUUGUCAAUUGAUUCAUUUGAAGGGCCAUCCGAUGAGACAGAAUUCGCAAAUGAAGAUGGCUCUCUAUUGCUUGAAACAGAUAAUAACAUCGUUGUAUUCGAACCAAAUUCAAUGUCAGCCAGUAUGGUUACUGCAUUGGAGGAUAGAAGAUGGAAGUCUGAAUAUACAGCUGAGCAACUUCAGGACAGCAUUGUUCAGGGAUGUAUUGCUUCUUUACAGACAGGAGGACCAAUUACUAGAUUGCCUUUACAUUCUACCGUAAUAAGAAUUGUCAAUUGGGAAUUUCCGGUAGAUCGGGCUACAGCGGGCCCAGCAUCGCAAUUACUAAACUUGACAAGGCAUACUUUGACUAAAGCAAUCAAUGAACACUAUCAAAAUCAAGCAAGUAAUUACACAUUACUUGAACCGAUUAUGGAUGUUAAAGUAUUUGUUAAUACAGACACAUUAGGUGAAGUAGUUCAAGAUCUUAACUCUCAGCGUAAAGCUACCAUUCUUUCGAUCGAAGAUGAUUUGGGAGAUGGCACUUUAGACAAUGCAUCUUGGGCGAAGGAAGAAUCUGAGAAGGUUUAUGUUCCUCCAGAUUAUACAUUAACGACAUCUUUGUCCAAUGAGCUCCAGGCUGAAAUACGAAAUAGAAAGAAGAUUGAAGCCCAAGCUCCAUUGAGAGAGAUGGUUGGGUAUUUAUCUAAACUCAGAUCGCUCACACAAGGAAGAGGAACAUUUGACAUGGCCUACCAUGGGAUGAUGAGAGUGUCAAAAGAUAGAGUUGAUAGGAUCCUUUAUCACUAA